CUACAGUGGCUAGAACUACCACUCUACCAACUCUACUUUCGGCGCGGAAAGCGACUGGUUCUUAAUUCUGUGUAUGCGAAAGUAUGCGAACGCAAUCGGUUUAGCGAACCUGUCAAAAACUUCCUUGGUAUUACGAAACUGUUGUCCUGUUGUGUGCGUGCCGACGGUGUCUCUUUUGCCGUUUCGAUGUCGCGAGACCCCGACGAAGUGGAGCGGUUGAGUCAUGCGGCGUGCCUCAAAGCCGCCGUACACUACACAGUGGGUCGCAUCUGCGAAGACAUGGCCGAGGCAGAGGGAGGCCUUCCUGUGCAGCGGCAAACGGUGGCAGCUCUGACUGAACUGGUCCACCACGAAGUUGGCCGUGUGGCUCGCGACCUUAGUAUGCUGGCACUACACUGUCGCAGAAGCACCGUGAAUGCCGACGACGUGCUGUUCAUCGCGAGAAACUCUGGCGAGUUGCACGAGUAUCUCCAGAGCCUGGUGCCUACACCCAAGAAGACCGACGGCAAGCGUAAAGUUUCUGCCAAGGGACUUCAAGAGUGACAUGGUUCGCUACUGCCGAGAUUAGCCCGGUCGCGUCAUCGCCCGUAAUUACUGUUUUAUUAACAGUUAGAUGAACAGAAUGGUGUUAAUGUCCGAACGCAUACCCAGCAUUUGUUUGCUUUUCGCCAUGAUUGGUGUUGCGGGUUUUUCCCCUUACCUGAAGUGAUUGUAGCGUCUGUUGUUCACGUCAGUCGCGCACAUGCACUUUCUUCUACCCAACAUUGCCGCGUGUGAAUCCAACGACUAUUAAUUACGGCGCCCCAAUGCAGCUAGUGAUGCUUACCUCUGAUGUACCCAUCUUUCUUGGAUAUGUGUACCAGUAGUAUUGAAUCCCUAGACAACAAAACAUACAGACCAUAAAUUUUAACAGAACUGUGUUAGUACAGCUAGGCUGACUGAUUCUACUAAGCACACUGAGACAAUGUAAGGUUCAGGGAAGAAAUGUGCACAAGGCUGUAUAAAUGUACUAGCUGUGC